AAGGUCACUCCACCUCCGUAAAUCUAUUUUCGGUACACAUAAAUGAAAUAACACUUUAGUUAGUACCACGAGUCUGAGUCCUAUUUUACGCCUAAUGCAUCGGCACUUGUGCGCAUGCGCGCGCAUCAUAACAUGCAAGAUGCCAAGAUGGCCGCCGAUUUUGUAUACGUGCUCGACAAUACAAAUUAUAAAUUAUUUUAUUCUCGCGUUGUGCGGUUAAUCAUAACUGUUACUGCUAUUUUUGAUAACACAAAUAGCACAAACAAUCAGGAAAUAUUGAACAACCUUAUAAACUUCAUUACUUUCGUCAACAGGAAUGCCCCGAGGGAGUCGUACACGAGGACUCGUUCAAGGACAUCUAUGCGAAAUUCUUCCCACACGGCAGACCUUUUAGUCACACUGUCCACCCUCCUCAGGGGGAGCAUCUACGAGAAGUUGAGGUGGACUUUCAAACUUUACGAUAUUAAUGGGGACGGCUGUAUUACCAGAGGUGAACUUGGAGAAGUCGUAAUGGCUGUGCAUGAGCUAAUGGGUCGUAGACACAAUGUCGAAGAGGACAAAAAAGCACGGGAACAAUUGGAUCGUGUCUUCCGGAAGCUUGACCUCAAUCAAGAUGGCGUUAUAACGAUUGAGGAGUUCAUUGAGAGCUGUCUGAAGGAUGAGGUGAUCACGCGUUCCCUGGCGAUGUUCGACUGUGCACUUUGAUCUCCGGCCGAACCUUCGCCAUCGUUAAUGGCGAUACCACCGACGCUACCGACGCCACUGACGCCGACGACUCCCGUCACAGCCCCUUCGUCAUCGACGCUCUCCACGACUUCGCUUUCAUCGUCACCACCACCGCCACCGCCAUGCUACUCGUUGCUGCCACCGGUACCACCGCUACCGCCUCCACCGCCACCAGGAUACACAGCUCGUGAUCACGAGCUUUAUCUGCUCCUGGCAGCUCAUUGGUGGGAUCAGAGGGAUGCUCCCCUCUUCUGCUAAGGUAUCGACGAACAGUCGAAAGCGAUGAAAAAUAACAGGAUAACAAAAAAAGGGGGCGAAAUUCGACGCAGGUACACACGAUUUUAUGAAAUACAAUCAACUCGAAUUGACCGUGGAUCGCGUGGCAUUUUUAGGUCCUGAUCGAGCACGUAUGCGCGAAUUGUCGAAUAAAUCGUGUGGCGUGUUAAUUAAUUCAUCUAGACAAUACAGGGGAUAACAAACCACUCGUUAGCUCAGAAUCUGCAUUGACUAUUGAGUGUGUGUGAUUAGGACGCUCUUGUGGCGGCAUCCACUAUGUUAUAUGUUUUCUCCUUAUCGACGGUACUGAUGGCGAAUUAUCGACCGAGUUUAAAAAUAUCUGUUUUACCAUCUGACGGUGUUUCCUUUAAUUUUAAAUCGCUUGCGAAUUCAUGAAAUAAUUUUUCAGGAGCACUCCAGUUCCACACGGACAAACUCUAAGCGGAAUUAUUCUACGCGAUAUUAAAUAAUAAAAUCGUAAAUCUACACGGAAAACUACACGAUCAUCUCUACACGGUUAAUUGUACAUGGCUCAACUUUACACGGAAUAGAGGCAGAUUGACUUCUUCGGUCCCUUGAUUUUAUAAUGCUUAUAUUUUUGACGAGGAACAAAAUAUUGAACGAGGGUCAUUGCGCUACUGCUCUAGUUUGUAUGAUAUGAAAUUAUGUAAUGGCAAUUUACACUAGUGGAGUAAAAUGAUUGCAUAGAAAUGAUCAGCAGUGGUGUGGGUAGUACUAUGAUAUCCGUGGGGUCAAGGUUCGACUGUGGAUUUAGCAUAUCUGGACCGAGACAAAUGCAAAUUGAAGAGUGGUAAUGUCGAUACCUCAAUUACUGUAAGAUAUAUGUGUAUACCUGAGCGUGGUCGACGAUUUUAGUUACCUAAACCAUCAUUAUGGUCACUAGCUAUUGGAUCAAGUCCUGAACUAAUCUGACCCAGCCUAUCCUAACCUAACCAAGCCUAACCAUUUACAAGCCCAUCGGAGCAGCUGCCCGAGCGAGGACGAUUUUUUUUAAUUAAAACACCAUCAGGAUCAAUAAUAAUGUAGAACACUGGUUUGAAAUUGUACACUAAUUUAUUGAAAAGAAAAUACAACCAUAAACAAAUGUCAAAUCAAGGGACCGGAAAAAUCCUAAUCUGUCCUUAUUCCGUGUAAGGUUUUGCAGGUAGAAAUAACCGUGUAGAGUUAGCCCGUGUAAAAUUGGGGUACUCCUCCAUAGAAUUUCUAAAAUUCUCGUGUAGAGUGUUAUUCCGUGCAGAAUUUUUUCGUCCAAAACUGGGGUGCUCCCGUUCAAAAACUGAAUCGAGCAUCGAUCCCGAGUACAAUUCCGAGGAAGGAGACUGUUAAAAUUGGCUAGUUGUCAAUGUCGAGUUGAAUAAAAAAAAAUAAGAAACGUGAAUGAUCGCGUGCCAAAUCCAAUCAGGAGCAUUGUUUCGUUCUUAGGUGCUAAGCCCAUCUUGAUAAAUACUAGAGAAAAAUAAAAAAAAUAUGCGCGGCUGUGAAUACAAGAUCGUCCAGAGCCAAAGGACCUCGUUAACGUGGGUCCUUGUAAGAAUGGUCGACCACGAUACAAUAAAGUAACGUAUAAAACUAACGGUAUAAAUCGUAAUGGUAUCGUAAUAUAAUGUAACAUACUAUGUAAUAUUAUGAGAAUCGUAGGAAUAUUGCGAGCAUCUUCCUUCGGAAAGCGCACGGAACGAAUAUGUAAGCGCGAAUAAAAAUUCGUUAUUACCCAAAUCAAAUACGUAAAUGGUAUAUACGAUUUCGUGAGACUCGGUCUUACCGACGGUGCUGCCCCCAACAAAAAUAUCGUUUGCACGAAUCGAUACGUCAGUUUUAUCUGAGAAACCGAUUCGAUAAAUACAGUCGAUCAAAAUAAUUGACACGAUCAACGGCGUUUAGAUCAUUAAUAAAAAAGGCAAUUAGUCAGGUCGUCGCGCGAAUAAAAAUUCUCGGUGCAACGAAACGAUGUAAUUAGUAUUAAACAAGAAUAUUAAUUAAUUAACGUCGGGCACACUGAGAUCAAUGCAAUUCGGUCAGGGUUCUAGAAGGAUUUAAUUUCUUUAGAAAAAUUCACGACGCGCGCAUGCGCCGUGGAUCAUUAUGAAGAACCGCUUAGAUCGGUUGUUUUUUUUUAAGAUCCAAAAAUCUUUUUUUUAUUUUCUGUGCGUGCAUGUGCACGGAUGCGGUCAAACGAGCCAAUUGGAUUCUCGUAGGAUGCGGUUAUCAAAAAUCCAUUGUAACGAAACACCAAACUGCACUAUAGCGUUAAUUCGUAAUUAAUAUUCUCUUUAGGGCUACCUAUAAGAACUUAUUGCGCGUUGUGGGAAAAAAUUUUGAAUUAAACGAAAAGUCAGCGAUAUUAUUAAGAUUCUUUUUGAAAAUGAAUCCGUGUGCUGAUAAUAGAAUCUUACUGAGCGCUCUCGUGGAAUUGACUUUAUGAAUGGAGAAACGGACAGUAAAAGUUGUUAUUUAUUAUUCGCGGAAAUCAUGAGUUACGAUACGUUCGUUUUAUCAGUGAGUGAUAACGUAUAUAUGCGUUCAUUUAUCACCCGUGAUAUUUUUCAUCUGCUAAGACAGUACAUUGACUUGUAUGAGCAUACGUGUUGCAUAUAAAGAAAUUUUGCGUUGAACGAACUCUUACGCGAGUUGGACAUAGAUUUAAUUUCUUUUCAAAAUUUUGUAUAGGCAUUGACAAAAUGUUUUUCUCUUUAACAAACGCGUCUUUUGCAAUGUUCUUCGAAUAUAUUUCUUACAGGGCACAAAAUAAAUUUUCAUAAAUUUUCAUUUUUCUACGAAUAUUUAAUUUUUGUAUUAAUAUUCAAUUUUGCUUAAUACAAAUUUGUCUUCAGCAAUGCAGCUAAAUGAUUUCACUAAAAUUUUUAACAUGUUUCUGUUAUCGUUCCACUUGAAUAUUUCACCAUCCGCAUAGUAAUCAUUCUGUUUUUCGAUAUUCGAUUUCGAUAUCGAUAUCGAUUAUCACUUAGCAAGUGUCACAGAAUAGGUUAUCAGUCAAAAAAGAUCACGUAGCUUGUCAGUGCUCAGAAUUGAUAAUUGCAUUAUUGAUUAUAAUAAAUAGAUACUCACCUUAUGUUCUAACUUGACAGAUGACUAGAUAGCUACGAUAUUUACUCAAAACUGAAAAUCCAAAACACAAGAUUUUCAAAAUCUAUUGCCGAACAAUAAUGGAUACGAUAAUGACAGGAAUCAUCAGUAAAACUUGCGCUGUCUCCAUGGCAACAACCACAACAAGAUUGCCGUUGCUAAGAAACGCAAAAUAACAUUUGAAAGCAUUUCCAUAGCAAUGAUAAUCAUCUAUCGUGAAAAAUUGCGAAAAUAUAAUAAUAAUUCUAUGCAUAAUUAGACUGGUUAGAAUUAUUAAUCAUUCGAUUACAAACAUUCUAUACGCACACUCACAAUCCUUAUGUUAAAUACUAUGCUUGAUACAGAUCGAUUAAAUAUAUAAAUUAUAUUUUUUUUUCAAAUUUUAUGCAAAUUAACAAUCCGGAAUUAAUAUACCUGCGAAACUUAUUGAACUUAAGUAUAAGCAACUAAACUAUUUGUUAAAUUUUUAUAUUUAUCAUAAUACAAAAACUUUUACCUGUUUACUAUCACGGAUACUAAUGAAAAACUAUUCGAGUAUUCGAGAUACUGAUAGCCUAAAUUAUAUUGAACUCAAAAUUUUUAUAUUACGUUCAUCAAAAAUUUUGCCUCGAUCUAUCGUACAUCGGAAUACACGGAACUUUGAACAAUUUUGAGACUUUGAUUUUUUUCAUACACUCAAAAAAUUAACCACUUGACUAUCAGGAAGCUAGUUAACAAAUUUUUAUCAAGUUCGUCCAAUUUUAUCUCUGCUAUGAAAGUUUUUAUGAACGAACGCUUUUUGCAUAUACAUAUACAACGGUCAUUAUACACACACCUAUACAUAUAUAUAUAUAUAUAUAUAUAUAUAUAUAUAUAACAGUCAAAAUUUUAAUUAUAAAAUUAACGCAUUUUUUUUGUAUUUUUUAUGCGGGAAAAUACAGACGGGAGAAAUUGUUAAGAAGUAUUAUUAUUAUUACCAAACAAAGUUUUCGCAAACCCUAUCGUCACGGAUUUCUCGUGCAUAAAUUACAUAUAUAAGUGUAAACAUACAAACUUUUCUGCCUAUGCAAAUAUUUAUUGAUGGUGAAUCUGCAGGGUAAACAAAAACUUGUUAUUAAUUAUUUAACGCACGCUUCACGUUUCAUCUUGGUCAAGCUAUAGAAUUCAGACUACGACACGAUAACAGCAUUGUAUAUUAGAAUCCAAAAACAACCGGCAACACCGCGUCAUGUGAGCUCGACGAUUUAUCUAAUUAUUAAAGAUACAAACAACAGCAACAAUAACAACAGCACAAUGUAAUUCUGAUUCGAAGAAUAUUUGAAAGUUACAAAAAAAAUGUAUAAAUUGGUAUUAAUAGCGAGUGACAUAAUUUAUCGAACCAACAAGAUUUUUUUUUCAAAUUUAAAACCACCUUUGCAUGAUUUGUACUUUAUUUUUAUUUUCAACUAGACUCUUUUUCUGCAUGGAUUUAGCGUUAAAUUAAUAAAGAGAAGGUAUCAUUAAAAAAAAAAGUAGCGACGCGCAGAUCUUUGUUACAGCUCGGUUACGUUAUUAAUAAUUAUUAAUUAACUAUUAAUUACGAUCACGAUUAUAAGGGUGAUGCCGUAGCGGUGGGGGUCUAGCCCAAAUUGAAAUUUAGUCAAUUCGUUAGGUUAGAAAAUUAAUGAACAAGGGUUUACGGGCGGGUGGCUGUAAAAGAUUAUAAUCCUAAGCCGGGAAAUAAUAUAUACGAUUAGAUAUAAAUAGUUAUUUAGUUUAGCGAAUUAACGAGGAUCGCGUUGUUGUUGUCAAAUACUGCCAACUUCGUGUGUAAAUAUCAUGUAUCAUAAAAAGAAUUAAAUCGGACGAUCGAUAUACCAUUAUAAAUUGACACCUUAUAUAUGAUCGUAACGACAGCAGCCUUGAACAAUUUUUUGUUUCCUGCAACAACCUCAGAAACAACUUUGUUCUACAAUUAUUGUUACGCGUAUAUUAGAACAUUUUUUUUUGUUAUCGUUGCAUAAGCCAUGACAAUUUUUUAUCUCGCUGUAGAAAAGCAGGAAUUGGUUUUUUUUUUUUCAUUUUUCGUGACACUCGACGUCCGCGGGUCAAAGUGCACGAAAAUUAAAUAAUGUUAUUCCUGAUCAUCCUAGAUGAUUCCUAGAAGUGCAUAGAGACGAUAUGAUAAUAAUAUUAAUAAUAAUAAUUAACAACAAUCCCCCCAGCGUCGUCAUCAAGCAAUGCUACAACUGACGCAGUGACUUUGGUGUAUACUAUUUCCUUUUAGUAAGUUCCUAGUUGAGUAGGGGUCAAGGGUUACGGCUAUCGCGUAGAACGUGAUAAGUAUGUAUGGUAUGGAUGAGGGUUGUAUCAUUACUUUAAAUAUUUCACCACUGGCUGGAUCAGUGAUUCGAUGAUUUGGUAAUGCGACAAUCAGUGUGAUUAGUGUUUUAAAAAAAAUGAAAAAUAAUUGACAGCAACUUUGUAUUAAUUAAGGAAUACGAAUUUUCAAAAAUGGACAUUCAAAGAAUGUGAAAAUUGUAACUUACCAUAAGUUUUAUUAUUGUGAUGACUUUCAAUGUUCUGCAUUAAAAAAAAAAUAGUUGAAUUGUACAUCAUUGUUUUUAAUUGAUGUUAGCAAAUUUAAAUUUCAUUUUAAGGAAGAGAUAAGUAUGAUAACUCAUGGAUAUAAUAUUAUGAUAAUGAAUGUGUGGAAGAUAAAUUAUUUUAAUUAUCAUUAUUAAUUAUGUACCAAUAAUACAAUAAUUAUCAUCAUGUGUCAAUCAUCGCCUAACGAAUCGCUGCUCCAAUCAGCUAAAUGGCCAAUUGAUGACUUAUAUGUAUUAUAGUCAUGGUGGAAUUAUGAUAACAAUAAUAUGAUAACCAUUUAUGGUUACCGUUUAACUCAUAUCGUACAGUGUGGCGUUUGAAUGCGGAUGAUUUCGUACUAUCAAAAAAAUGAAUAAAUAAAUAAAUAAGAAUGCAAAUUUGCGAUAGCUCAAAUACCAUUGUAUUGUUGGAAGUUUUCCGGAAGAAUGAGAAAAAUCAAUAAAUGUUAAUUACAUCUAA